ACUAAAUCUGUAAUUACAGUUUUGCAUAAUCGUCUGAAAGGACAGUGUAUUUUCUGAGGCAAUUUUUAUCAAGUUAUCAGUUAAGUUAUUUAUUAAAAGUUGUACACAGUUAUGACAUAAUCUGACAUGAUAUUAUCAGUGACUUGUAGACGGUAGUAGUCUGCAUGUGAAAGUAAAGUCAGCUAAAGUCAUUUUAUGUGCUUUUUAAUGUUUGUGAGACAUGUUUGUCUUAACAUCACGGCCAUGUUUAUGCAACCGGCUACAGGUAACUUGUGAGUCAGUCAGUCAGCGGGGAAAAAAAAAACGGCAAGCACGAAGGCGGAUUCGAGAAGGCCAGUACAUUUUUACAGCCCUCAUUCAGGAUGUCUACAAAACAGAAACCAUAUGAAUGCUCUCCACCACUGAUGUGCAGAUGCAUAAUGAACAAUACAACUUCCAAAGCUGCAUCAUUUAUUAUGGAGGGAGAUGAGAUCAAAAUUCAAUCCAGAAUAAUUAAAACUGUCAGUGUCCUCUCUGAUGGGGAAAGCAUAUAUUUGGCACAUACUGAGGGAGAAAAUCCCAUCUUUGAGCAGGGAGAGACCUAUGUACUCAAAAAGCAUACGGUCUCCAUGAAAUACGAAACUAAAUGCAUCUUUCUGGGUCCAUCGUCCAAGAAAUAUCUCGCCCCUCCAAUGGAGCUUAGCGAAGAUAUAAAACAGAAAGCACACCAGGCCCUCACCAAGCCCUCAACUCCCAUGACAGGAAAAGAGAAGGACUUAACAAGUAGGGGGGGGUACAUAACCCUUAAGGGUAAAGUGGAAAAAUUGCAGGUGGCCAGGAUGAUUACUGUAAAAGAGGGAAGGGUUCCAGUGUUAGAUGUGUCUCUUCGUUGUGAGGAGAUUCUUUUGGAAAUCACCCUGUGGAGAGAUGUGGCUCUAACGGAGCUCCACCUCGAGGAUGAGGUGGAGUUCUCUCACCUAAGAGUAGUCGUGAGGCAGAAUGGACAUUUUAAAUUCAAUUCAUCAUCCUUUACGUGUGUAAAGGUUUCUGACCCUUUCAAAGAAGAGGAAGUAGAAAUAAUCGCUGUGACACCAGAGGAGGAUGGACUUCAUCUCCUUACAUCUGAUUAUGAGGAUUAUGUGCUACCAAAAGAAUUGUAUGGAGGAACCUGUUCAGACUUCUUAAAAAGGCUCCCCAUGGAAAUAAAAAUAGUCCAUUCAAAGGGAAAAAUAAUUCAAAUGCACAAUCCUGAAAUGUAAAAGUAAAAAAAAACACCCUGUACAAUCUAAAGUUCAAAUGCUAAGAAAUUAAUAUAAGCAUGCAUUUUUAGUUGAUACUGAGUUUUAUGUCAUGUUAUGUGACUACUGUUUGUUUUAGUGUUUGUUUGUUUGUUUGUUUUGCUGUUAAAUGUUAUUUAUUUCAAUUAUAUAAAAUAUAUAAUUAUAUAUUUAUUGUCAAUAACAGUAAUGAGAAUGUUGUUUGUGUAUGUUUAUAAAAUGUAAAACCUUUACAAAACAGAAAACACAAUUGUAAUGUAAAUUUAAUUCUCAAUGUAAAUUUCCAAUUGUAAUGUGAGUAGUAUGAAAAAUACAUAAACAAAUAAAUAAGUAGAAAAGAGCGUAUUUUCAAUCACAAUGG